CGCCGCAUGGCCGAGACGCUGCUGGUCACUCCUGGGGAGCGCCUGGCACUGGUUGCUGAAUACGACGCCGGCAGCGGCACCUGCGUCAAGGACAAGUUCAUCUGCGCCACGCUCGUGGGCUCCAAGCGCGUGUUGCCUGCAGGGGAGGGCGAGGCAGAGCAGCGGCCUCGAGUGGAGGUCGUCCGCAGCGGCGUGGAGCCGGUGGUGCCGCGUGUGGGAGACACAGUCACCGCGCGCGUGGUGCGCAUCAACCCGCGGCUGGCGGCAGUGGACAUCCUGUGCGUGGGCCCCAAGCCGGUACGGCAGCGGUACAGCGGCGUGAUCCGCGUGCAGGACGUGAGGGCCACCGAGAUUGACAAGGUGCAGGUGCAGGCCAGCUUCCGCCCCGGCGACGUCGUGCGCGCCGAGGUGCUGUCCCUGGGCGACGCCCGCUCCUACCACCUCACCACCGCCAAGAACCAGCUGGGCGUGGUGUACGCCAAGAGCGUGGCGGGCGUGCCCAUGGUGCCGAUCAGCUGGCAGGAGAUGCAGUGCCCCCACACCCGCGCCGUGGAGAACCGCAAGGUCGCUAAGCUGGACGCCUGAGCCUCCUGUAGCCGCCCAGACCUCGACCCAGAGCCGACCGCCUGAGCCUCCUGUAGCCUUGCCUGGACCUCAACCUUAGCAAGCAGCAGCCUAGUAGACCGUCAUCCUUUCCAUAGCAGCAGCCGGUCCCCCAGCGCCAGCCAGCGGCUGCAGCCUG